AUGAAUCACGGAAACAGCUCAUCGCCACUACUUCAUCGCAAAUCAUCCGUCAAUCGCUACGAGACCAUAGGCGCCGAUAUGGACAGGGAUGUCGAGACGACCAAAUCGACGGCCCGUAAGCCGGCGGUGUCCACGUUCAUAGCCGCCGGGUCCGCACUGUUGGGCGCUAUCGCCGCCGGGUCCGCACUGUUGGGCGCUAUCGCGAUGGGUACUGUCCUGGGAUGGAGUUCCCCCGCCAUCACCAGUAUGGGCGACACCGACAGCAGCCCACGGCUCACCGACUCGGGUACGCAGACGGAGGCCUGGAUCAAGUCGAGCACUACGUUGGGCGCACUGGUAGGCGCGCUGGCAUCCGGACCGUUGGCGCAGGUGUUGGGACGUAAAAUGGCGCUAAUAUUAUAUGGCCUUCCCAUGUUGGCCGGGUUUGGCUGCCUGUGGUUGGCCUCCAAUUUUGCCACAAUUAUCAUCGGCCGGACGCUGACAGGUCUGGGCGCGGGGCUCGUGUCCGGCACUGCGCCCACAUAUGUGGUGGAGAUCAGCACCGAUAACAUCCGCGGCCUAUUGGGAGCGGGAUUUCAGCUCAGCGUCACUAUCGGCAUAUUUUUGGUGUAUUUGUUCGGCGCGUUCAUAUCGUGGAGUUGGCUGUCCUUCAUGUGUCUGUUCCCACCGUUAGCGAUGUGCGCGCUGAUGGUGUUGAUGCCGGAGACGCCCAUAUGGCUGAUGACGAGGUCGGGUGGCGACCACUCGAAGGGCUCGAAAGUGGAGCAGUCGUUGCAGAAGCUGAGGGCCGCCGACAACGACAACGAGUCGGAGCUGAAAGAACUGGCCGAACAGACCCGGGAGACGCAGGGCUCCAGCGGUUUCUCGUUUCGCGAGUCCUCCACAAACCCCCUCUUCUACAAACCCCUGGUCCUGUCGGUGCUGUUGAUGUUUUUCCAGCAAUUUUCCGGCAUAAACGCCGUGAUGUUCAACUCGGCGGCCAUGAUCAAGCAGGCGGGCAGCUCGAUAGAGGGCCGGUACGCGGCCAUCAUCAUAGGUGCCGCCCAAGUG